CUGUUCUCUUCUCCAUUGAUUUCUCCACCAUACUAAUUCACAGUAGUCAAAACUCCAAAGGUAAAGCUAAUUCCUGCGAUUGCGAUUGCGAUUAAAACAGGGCACCAGCAGCAGCAGAGCAGAGGAAUGGAAAACGCGUUAGGUCUCCUCAGAGUUCACGUCGAAAGAGGCAUUAACCUCGCCAUUCGAGACGUCAGCAGCAGCGAUCCUUACGUAAUUCUCCGAUUAGCCAAACAGAAGUUGAAAACUCGAGUUAUAAAGAAGAAUGUAAAUCCAGAAUGGAAAGAAGAUUUAACGUUAUCAAUCUCUGAUCCCGAUCUCCCUGUCAAGCUGCUUGUAUAUGAUAAGGACUUGUUGAGUUUCGAUGAUAAAAUGGGAGAUGCAAUGUUUGAGAUAAGGCCAAUUGUAGAAGCUGUUAAAUUGAUAAGAGGGAUGGGGGAUGCUGACCUUAUUCCAAGCGGGACAAUAAUUGGGAAGAUAGAUCCGACAAGAAAUAACUGCCUUUCCGAGGAGAGUCACAUUGUGUGGGAGGAUCAAAAGAUCAUACAACAUAUGUUCUUAAGAUUGAGGAAUGUGGAGAGUGGAGAAAUCAAACUUCGACUACAAUGGAUUGAUAUUCCUCGACAUCCCUAGAUUUGAUUCCCUGUUUUUAUACAUAUAUUAGUAGUAGCUAGAGGAAUUUGAUCUUAUAGUCACUCUUCAUAUUAAUGUUGAUUAAUGUUGGCUAUCAAAAAAAGUUGUUUGAAGUAUACAGACUAAAUGAAUA